CGAUAAUUCUACCAGGAAAAGGAAGUGAGGAUGGCGUGUACGGGACCUAGUCAGUGUUUGUCUGCCAGUGCAUAUGCUGAACGGUUAUAACUCCCACUAUUCAAUGUACCUACAGACCUACACCUUGACAGUGGCACUUCUGGUGCUACUAUCGCAUUGUUCGCUUGGCGAUGAUGAUGAUAUCGAAGGACCUUUAAUGCCUGUGAAAGCUGACGGAGGAAUGUACACUACGGAGGAAAUCAUCAAGGAGCGAAAGCACACAGGGGAGAGUCACACAGUGGAGACUGAGGAUGGCUACAAGCUGACAAUGUUCCGGGUGGUUCAAGCCAAGAAGCCAGCCAUACCGGUCUUAUUUCAGCACGGUUAUCAAGCUUCAUCAGAUGCCUGGGUCACCGAUCCUGAAUCAUUAGCAUUUAGACUGUCCGAUGCUGGCUACGAUGUCUGGAUGACCAAUGCUAGAGGCAACGCUUACUCCAGGAGCCAUGCCAAACUUAAACCCGAGGACAAAGAGUUUUGGGAUUUUAGUUGGCACGAGAUGGGGAUGAUAGAUCUCCCGGCUGCGAUAGACUACGUACUGAACAACACAGGUCAGCCCAGUCUACAUCUUAUAGCCCAUUCCAUGGGCACCACGGUAUGCUUCGUGAUGGCGAGCUCGAGACCCGAGUACAACCAGAAGCUGAAGUCACUGGUGGGCCUGGCUCCAGUGGCCUUCCUCAGCAAGAUGGUACAGAUGGUGGGGCCUGAGGGCAUGGUGGAGGAGAUGGCAAAUAAGUACAUGAAACAAUGGAAGGAUUCUGGGAAAGUGGAGCUGUUUCCCAGGAAAGAUUUGGCCACCGACGAUAAGUCGCAGAUCACUUGUCUCGACGUGGAAGAGAGUUACCGAGACAUGUGUGUCGAUAAGAUAGAGGAGAUUCAGAAGGUAAUAGGAGGAGCAUAUAUCCCAGCCGGAACAUCCUUAAAGACAAUGGAACACUUCUACCAGAUGUCAGUUACAGGGAUAAUGAAGCACUACAAGUUUGACUCGGCAGAAGACAACAAGAAGGCGUACGGAAGCGAAGAACCCCCGCCAUACACCGACAAUUUCAAGAAAAUCACCGCCCCCACUCUUCUAUGGUCUUCUGACGUAGAUCAGAUAGUGAUGACGAAGGAUGUAGACGACCUGGUCGCCCUCCUGCCCAACCUCGUGGCUGACAAUAGACUUCAAGACAUUGAUUGUUUCGAUCACAUCGCGUUUCUCUUCCCUCGUCAGAAAAGCUGUAUCGCUGAGCGAGCUAAAUUCUACAGCAGCGUAUUGGAUGCUAUUCAAAAGCUGGAUAAAAAAUAACCACAUUUUUCAUAAAUAAAACUUGAAUAUUCUUCUCAAUA